AAUGGCUACACAUACUAGUCCUGUCUGCCAUGGCCAAGAUAAUAUGUUUCUGGAAGAUCAUUGUGUGAGGAGAAACAAUGACAGAGAUCCAAAGAAGAAGUUGGACCAGAAGGACAUCCAUGGACUUGGCCAAAACCCAGACAAUGGACUACUGGUUACACAUGUUAACCAGACACAAGACUUACUGAGGCUGCAGAGAGAUGAGACCAAACCCUCGGCUUGGGAGGACUCGGAAGACUGGCUUUCCAGGCACAGUUUACAGUUUGAGAGGCUCACCCUGGCUGACCUGCUUAGCCAAGGCACCGCCGUGCUGGAGGAGGGCAGCAAUAUCAUGAGGAAAGUGUACUUCUCCACCCAGAUCAUCCACCAAUUUGAAUCCAAGCUUUCUGAGUAA